CAUGACUUUGCUUACAGUUUUUGCAUAUUCAUUUUUAAAUAUCAUAUAAUACAUUACUUGCUUUAUACUGUUAAACUUGAGGUGACAGCCAUUUUCUGGGUAGAAAGAUAUGCUUGGUGGAAACUCCCACGUUCAAGCAUCAUUUCCUUCUUAGAGACAUCAAAGAUCUGACUGAGUUGGCAGUAAAAGUAAAAGAAAAAAAAAGAAAGAAGAUGAAGUAAAGGCUCAUUCAGAUUAGCUGAUGGUAAGACUGACAGGGAGAGAGGUCUAGUGUGAAGUCAGUAUAACAACAAAAUAAAAAAAACAAAGCAGGAAACAGGCGGAAGAGAAAGCCUAUGUCGGUUUAGCUCGACAACCAUGAGCAGCAACUUUCUUUGCGCUCUUCUCAUCCUUGCCUUCCUGGAAUCAGGCAAAUCAAACAGUGGUGUAUCUAUUAAUCACAGUCGAGAUGGAGAUGGCCAGACCAUUACCUGUGUCCUCUCAGGGGACGAAAACAUGACACAAAUCAACUGGGAGAUGCUAAGAGGCCCGAAUCGCACGAAACUGGGCACGUAUCACCCACAUUUUGGAAUUUACAUAAUGCAAGAAUAUGAGACUAAAGUAAAGAUCAAGAACAAAAAAUCUCCUCAUCCAUCAUCAUCCCUUCUCAUUAAAGUAGCAUCAAAUGAGAGCGUGCUAAUCUGUUGUGCGUUCAUAACAUUUCCUUCGGGGAAACUUGAGCAGUGCACUGAUAUCAGUAAGAAAGAUGUCAGAAUGAACACGUCUAUGAUCAAAGAUUUUACAUAUGUGGAACCAGAACCAAGGCUGGGAUUAUUUGGACAUUUGGGUGCAAUGAUCAUUGGAACUAUUCUCUCCCUUUUUAUCCUCACCAUCCUUUUCUAUUUAUGCAGAAAAAACAGCUGUAGAAGGAGGAAGUCCUUUAAAAUACGAACAUACUUGCCAGACUCACCGGCUGAGACAUUUGCUGAAGAAUCAGUUGAUGCACCAGCUUCUCAAAGUUCUGCGAAUGGCUUUGACCCCUCAAAACUUUAUGCCAAGAUCAAAAAAGACCUUUUCUAUGGCCGGCUGUGGAAGUCUUACCAAGGCCAACCCAAACCAUGGACACAAGGUACCAUGACUGAUCAAGGACACGUUUAUCACCUGUUAGGACAGAGUCCCUUACCGCAAAGAAAUGUGGAGGGCAGCCCCUUGAGGCCAGAAACAACAGAAACUACAGAACAACAUUUCAGUAGUUUUUAGUUUCCAGUGUGAUUGAGAGGAACCUUGUCAUAUUUGUGUAAUGUAAAAUAGCUUAAAGCAGAUUGCAAUGCAUUAUAUAAAGAAAAGAAUGAAUUCAUAUUUUGAAUUAAUAUUAAAACAAAUUAU